UGAUCUUCGAAUGGUGUGCUCCAAUGGAUGCUCGCGGCGGCUUUGUGGCGGUCAGGGAUCCUCGCGGGAAGAAUUACGAAGCCCUAGUGGCUCUUCUCCGAGAAUGCAGGGUCUUGAGCGAUGGCCGGCGCAUCCAUGCCAAGAUCCGCGACCACGGGCUCGAUAGGGAUGUGUUCUUGGGAAAUUUGUUGAUCCAGAUGUAUGGGAAAUGCGGCAGCGCGGAGGAGGCAUCCAGGGUUUUCCAAGAAAUGGCGCGCAAGAACGACUUCUCGUGGACGCUCAUGAUCGGCGCCUACACGCGCAACGAUCGCCACGGCGAUGCGGUGGAUUUCUUCUUCCGCGCGAUGGCCGGCGAGAGAGUGGAGCCAGAUGCCUUCGCGUACUCGGCGGUUCUUGGCGCUUGUGCUAAGAUGGGAGCUCUCGAUCGAGGUAAGGAGAUUCACGCUAGGAUUAUAGCUUGUGGAGCUGACACCGACCUCGUCGUCCAGAAUGCGCUCGUGAGCAUGUACGCUAAGUGCCGGAGCUUGGACGAUGCAUGGGGAGUUUUCCAGAAGAUCAGGAUCAAAGACGUCGUGUCUUGGAACGCGAUCAUCUCUGGGUAUGUCUUUCACGGCCACGCUCGCGAAGCUCUGGGUGUUUAUCAUCGAAUGCUGCUGGAAGGUAGCGAGCCGGAUGCUAUCACUUUCUCCACAGUUCUCAGCGCUUGUUCGAGCAUGGGACUCUUGAGCCAAGAAUUCUCUCGUGAACAUGUAUGGCAAGUGCAAGGAUCUGGAGAGUGCGAGGAAAUUUUUCGACGGGAUGACGCUGAGAGAUUCCAGCUCCUGGAGCGCGCUCUUGGGAGCGUACACGCAACAGGGUCAUGGAAAGCUAGCGCUCACGCUCUUUCAGCGGAUGGACUUGGAAGGGCCGGAGUAUUCACGAGCGGUUUCUAGCAGCGGGCUUUAAGCCUGACGUCGUGACGGGCACUGCGUUGCUGAAUAUGUUCGCAAAGUGUCGCAGCAUUUCGGACGCAAAGAACGUUUUCGACCGCAUGGAAACGAAGAAUCGUGUCACUUGGAACGCUAUGCUGGCGGCCUACGUUCAAACCGGGGGUAACCAAGCUGCUCUCGAGCUCUUCAAAGUCAUGGAUAGAGAACCGGACGUGUUUACCUUCUCGACACUUUUCUCUGCUUGCUCAAACUUGCGCUCGCUGGAUGCCGGCAGAGCUAUCCACAAACGA